UUUUUCUGAAUAUUCUCUGUUUUUUGCAACUGCACACAGACACGAGACAUGUUUCCAUCGAAUCGAGAACCAAGAAAGUAUCGCCAAGGACAAGUCACUGGCAGCAGAGAACUGGAAGGAAAGGCGGCCAAAGCAGGUGUUGGCUUUGGGGAUGACCAGUGAGAUAUACCUGCUGGAGCGCGUGCUACAGUAUGUGGAUGAGGAGGUUGAGCACUGGCCCUGCCUGGCUUUAAUCCCUUGGUCUGGACCUCUGUGGGUUCCCAGGUCUGUGUCACGGCCGUCGAAUGAAGAGGACCAAGGUGCAGCGUGCACAUUUUUAUCUCGUGCUGGCACGAUGGUAUGGGAUGAACUGUCCUCUCAGCUUGAAGAGGUAGACAUUCACCUGCAGGAGGUUCGGCAGCAGCCCUGUCUGGCUUUAAUCUCUUGGUCUGGACCUCCGUGGGUUUCAAACGCUCCUGUCAAACUGCAGCCAAUUUAUAACCUUACCCACGCUGGGAGGAUGCUGGUGAGAGAGUUGGCAGUGUUAAACACACAGACUUCCAAAUUGGUUACCCUUCACCUUACAGAAGCUGGGAGGCUAGUGCUUGACGAACUGUCAGUACCUUCAGAUUGCCAUUCACAGCAAAAUGAAGAGGACAUGCAUCACCUGUGCAUUGUGAGGGGAGUGGAGAAGCAGCUGUGGUGGAGCAGAGUCAUCCAGGAAAAAGUCCUGGACCCAUGGGGUCUCGUCCAGGUGGUCUUCAACAACAAGGAGGUGACUGGUAUUAAGAAGGAUCCAUGGCCUUGUCAAGAGGAGCAGGUGGAUAUCUCCACCACGGUGGAGCGGUUCCAGGAGAGUGCUGAUGAGAUGACGGCAUAUCAACUCUCUACCUCUGACGUCAUCACCACCCCUCAUGAGCCUUCCUUCCCCAAUGAUUCUCUGCCACCCCCUCCGCCUCCCCUUUUCCCUUCUUAUUCCCCUCUCAGUCCCCCUACACCUUACCACUCCACCCAGGACCAGGCCCCUGGCAGCACUCCUCAGGAGUUUGUGGAGGAGCAAAAUAAUGUUGCAGUUGUGGGGUUACUUUGCAAACCAAGGGACAACCAACUUCUCUCUGAGGCUAGCCGGUAUCCGACGUGGAGACUCUGACGUCUGCAGACAGUACCUCCCUCAAUUACCUCACCCACGCUGGGAGGAUGGUGUUGAGCGGACCAGCAGGAUGUAAGGCAGUUUCAGCAGGCGUACGACCUCCUGGGGAACUUCAUUAAUGAGCCAGCAAACAGGCAGCGACCUGAGCAGGAGAUGGUUCUUGUAGGAGUAUGUCUAAGUAUCGAUCGUAUCAACUUCGCAGAUGUUUUUUAUGAAUUCGUUCUACUAAUCCUUCUAGAAGGAAAAACAUAUCUUCCUACUUCUAGGCCAGGUAGCUUCCUUUGUCUGCUCCUGGAAGCCACAAUGAGGAUUCGCCCUGGACCGAGGCUCCUGGUAACUUCUACCGCCUCGUUAGGGUACAUUUCUCUCUUUCUCUCUUUCUCCUUUCUCUUUUUCUCUCUCCCUCUCCCUCUCUCUCUUUCUCUCUCUCUUUCUCUUUUAAGUAUCUUCUCUCUCAUUUUAAGUAUCUUCUCUCUCAUUUUAAGUAUCUUCUCUCUCAGGCUUAACACCUAACAAACAAUUUGUACUUUUUAAAAGCACUUUUAACAUAGGCCAGGCCCUGUUGAUACCCCAGCGAUAAUGCCUUAAAUUAUUCAACACAGCAUUGGCUCAACCAUUGGCACAACUUUCCCCAUGGCCAUUGGCUCAACCGACCCCAAGGCAAAUAUUUUGAUUUUAUUAGCCCACACAGCUACUUUCAAGCCAGAUUUAGGACCUCAUAUUGAAGCUUAUAGAGACCCCAACUGAUGUAUAAAACAAUCUUAAAUGAUUUACUUCGGUUUAGAUACAAGCAUCAUAAAUCCUCUAACACGAUAACUCAACUUACCCUUUUGGCUCAAAUUGCCCCACUCUCCCCUAUGUAGAUUUUGGAUACAUAUGGAGUUCAUUGGUCAUCUGUGUUUUGAUACAAGCCUCUGGUCUGAUUCAAACAACAGGGAUUAAAUUAUCAUUAUAUCUAAUGGAUGUUAGAAGAAUAAUUCUGUCCUAUCUGGUACAAGAUGAGUUGGAUUCCCACCUCACAAGAAGCAGAUUAUUUUAAGGCUUUUAUUGUAACUUUCAAUAAUAUUAAUACAGUUGCCUAUGUGAUAGUACUGAUUGUAUAUUCAUCAGAUUUGAAAGAAGCAACUUGAAUUAUGGUACAUUUCAAGUGCCAGUAAGUAAUCCAACUCCAGGUGCAAUAUUCACUAUAGCCCACUAGAGGACAGCAUGUCUUCAUGAACCGGUCAUUUUUCACAGUUUUGGCUAAGAAUAGGAUAACCUGUUGCAUUAAUGGCAUGUACUGAAACUGGAAUGACACGUUAAUCAAUGUUUGCAUAUCUAGUCUCACAAUGCAGGCAGGUGAUGCAUGCUUGCCUCAUUUCCUGAGGCCAUUUUACGGGGAAAGCCUGAGGGUGCUGUCUUUUUGAUGGUUCCUGUUUUCUUCUUUGCCAAACAUUUUGUAGUCUGAAGUUUAACAAAACGGAUAACUCACAAUAAGCCUUCAAGCCUGAUAGAUACACACUAUAUUUUGGCCCGUAAGUCCUUUAAUUGCAGAUAUUCCCUUUCGAAUUGUGUACAUCUAAGACAGUUAUAGAAAACAUAGGGGUAUGGAACACCGUUAGGAUUCACUUGCUGUGCAGUUCUGUUUCUCCUGUGGAAAGUGUUAUGGUUCAUGGUUAAUUAUUGCCUCAUUCUUCUCCCAUUGCACAACAUCCACUAAGUGCUACUGCUGAAAUACUACAAACUUGUCUAGGCAAAAUGUUAUAAACAAACAUUUGCACUGCUAGCCCCCCAACCCCGUCGUGUAAUAUUAACACACUCGUAAAAUAGCUAAUAAAAGAGCUAAUAUCUUAAAACAAGAGGACUAAUCAAUUCAAAUUAGACCACAGAUGCAUUCUUAUCGUGCUGGAAGCAGGGAGUCCUGACAAAGAAGUCAUUUAAAAAACAAAACAAUUUGGAGGAUUUCACAGGUGAUUUUAGCAAUAAUUUUGGCUUUUUUUCUUUCAUAUGUCAUAUUUGAAUGGACUUUACUUAGCUCCAACAGCAUUCGACUGAAAUGCAUUUAGGCAGAGGUAGAGGUAAUAUCCUGAGAUGGUGAAAUGUGACUACGCAUUUCAAUCACAUUCAUAUUGUGAUAUAUUGUGUAUUCAUCAUUAUCGCCCAGCCCUAAUGCAGAUGGCUUAUGUUGUAAAGCAAGGGCGGGAUCUUUGUGAGGACAUGGAAUCAUCAACAUAAAUCAAUAUCUACAUCAACUCACACUGAGUCAAUGUCCCCAUUAAGCUACCAAAAUGAUAUUUUCACAGGCAAACUGAAUUCAGAAUUCUUUUAUAGGCUUGCCACAGUUUCUCAUUUUUCCAGCGCUGUUCGUAAUUCCCACUCAAAGCUUGCCUUCCUCAACCAGUUUGUUCAGGCCAUUGCAGAUCUUGGUGAGAUUAGGCCAGAGAUGGCCGCCGGGGGUGUAGAGGUUGGUCAGUAAGUCUGGGUCAGAGUAGUGGUUGAAGACAUGCUGAAUGCGUCCAAAGGAUUUGGUUGUCAGGUGUUUCUCUACGAGCUUCAGCAAGAUGUCCCUACAAUCUGUCAGGAGCUCCGUCAUGACAGCCUUAUCAAAUGUGAACUCCACCUGGGCCAGAGGGAUGGUAAAUAAAAUAUUAGUGACAGCACAGUAGUAAUUACAACACACUUCUUAGAACAGCUGUAAUCACCAUUUAAGGUGCUAGUUUUUGGUAUUGGCUAUAGGAUAUAGACUUUUGUAAGUGGGGCAUUGUUGUUUCCUAAUAAAGUCCCUUUAUGAUUUUGUCCAGAUAGUUUGACAUUUUAGUAGGUAUAAUCAAUGACUGUAGGGAGAUGUCAGUUCUAUCACACAUGCUUUAAGUUGGGCCUUCAUGCAGAGUUAAACUAAGGCUUUGAAGAGUUCUGUUGAAUGUUCUGAUGUAAAGUUACCUCCUGGAAGCUGAUUGCCGUCAUGACCCCCUGGUGCAGCUUCUUCUUGAAGUCCUGAGCCAGGCAGAGCUCCUCUUUACUGAAGCGGUUGUGCCGAAAAAGAACCCCUACCUUUACAACCACCUUUACCAGGUCCUUGACCACCUUCUGGGCCUCUGUGCGGUUUCCAGAGUGUUCCUUGGACAUGCGGUAGAGCUCGUCCAGGAUUUCGCUGCUGGUGUCGUCAAUUAACAUCUGCACCAUGGAUUUGCUGGCCAUGUGGCUGAGGAUUUUCUUCUGGGCCUUCAUGGCCAUGUCCUUAGAGCUGAAGGACUCCAUUUUGACUCUGGGAAGGAAUUAGAGAGUUGAUGAGACAGAAUAAAUGGGUUAAGUGAAAUAUCUGAUUGUCUAGUCCCAGCCGUGUUAGUUCACUGAUGUACGCUGGUUUUCUCUGUCAAAUUACCUUUAUACUUUUACUGCAGUGGGCUAAAUCCGGUCACACAGAGUGAUUCUUGGUAGUCUUAAACAAAUCUACUUUAAAACAAAAGUAUACACUUCACACUCAUGGUUAUGGUCUUAAAAAAAACAGCUGUACCAUGUCAGAUAUACAGUUGAAAUGUAUUAUAUUUUUAGUUAAUGGCCCAAUAUUACAUCCUAUAAAUACACUGAACAAAAAUAUAAACUCAACAUGUAAAGGCACAAAAAGCAUAUUUCACUCAAAAAAUGUGUUUACAUCCAUGCUAGUGAGCAUUUCUCCUUUGCCAAGAUAGUCUAUCCACCUGACAGGUAUGGCAUAGCAAGAAGCUGAUUAAACAGCAUUAUCAUUACAAAGGUGCACUUUGUGCUGGGGACAAUAAAAUGCCACUCUAAAAUGUGAAGUUUUGUCACACAACACAAUGCCACAGAUGUCUCAAGUUGAGGGACUGUGAAAUUGGCAUGCUGACUGCAGGAAUGUCCACCAGAGCUGUAGCCAGAGAAUUGAAUGUUAAUUUCUCUUCCUUAAGCCGCCUCCAAUGUCAUUUUAGAGAAUUUGGCAGUACAUCCAACCGGCCUCACAUCCGCAAACCAUGUGUAACCACGCCAGCCCAGGACCUCCACAUCCGGCUACUUCACCUGCGGGACCAGCCACUAGGACAUUUGAGGAAACUGUGGAGCAUUUCCGUCUGUAAUAAAGAUCUUUUGUGGGGAAAUUGGCUAGCCCUGGCUCCUCAGUGGGUGGGUCUGGCUCCCAAGUGGUUGCGCCCCUGCCCAGUCAUGUGAAAUACAUAGAUUAGGGCCUAAUGAGUUUAUUUCAAUUGACUGAUUUCCUUAUAUGAACUGUAACUCAGCAAAACCUUUGAAAUUGUUGCAUGUUGCGUUGUAUUAUUUUGUUCAGUAUAGUAUUAUGUCAACUUAAACAAAGGAGCAGUUCCAGGAUAAAAUAAACUAAGCGCAAAUGUCCAUAA